AAAUGGACCCAAGCAGAGAAACAGAAGAUUGUGGCCGAGUUUCAGCAGCUGCGGCAGUUCCUGGAAGAACAAGAGCAACAACUGCUGGCCCAGCUGGAGAAGCUGGAUGAGGAGAUUGGGAGGCUCCAGACUGAUACUGUCAGGAAACUCUCUGCGCAGAUUUCCCAUCUCAGCAAGUGGAUUGGUGAGCUGGAGGGGACAUAUCAGAAGCCAGCCAGUGAAUUCCUGCAGGACGUCAGAAGCACCUUGAGCGGAUACGUGGCUGUUACUCCCCUCAAACUGUCCAAUGCAGGAAAAGAGCUUGGAGCUGAUGUUAGCACUACAUCUCCCCAGGGCUCUACAGCUGGAUGUGUGAGAUGGGGCAGUUCCAGCCACCAGAGGAGAUUUCUCCUGAACUGGAAGAACAAGUCAGCAGUUUCUCCCAGAAAACAAUUGGCUGUCGGAGACUCUGAGGGAGUUCAAAGAUGCUCUGCCCUCUGCACUGGAGAGAGCAAGAGGAAAAUCCCUGGGAGCUUUCAGACAGGGUGAGUUUGCAGGUGGGGAUUCUUUAAAUGAGAGAAUUCCUGUGAAAACAUCUUAAUGGGAUUGUCAUUGAAAUUAUCAACCAAACCCAGUGACCACGGUGCGCACAGCCCUAAAUCUCACCCAAUGAUCAGUGGGAUUAGGGGACCUGGAUAUGGGGACCUGCAGACCACUUAGAGAAAUACUAUUCUGUGGGGUGUGAUGCUAAAGGGGUGAAGUUAAAGCACAUAACAGAUAGCACCUGUCGAAGCAAACGCCU